GCGUGCGAUGGAAAAAACUCCUUGACGGCAGCUGGGAAUAAUGCCUCUGCCCUCGCAGCUGAGGUACAAGUGAAUGGGAAGAUGCACUUGUUGAAACGUAGCCCUUGGCUGGGAUGUGAAACGUGCUGGUUCCCAGAACUGGCGUGCCAGUGCCAUCACGGCUUUGUCUUUCCCGUCUGCUCCGUGUGGGCUGAAGGCAGGCUAGGACUUCCCUUCCCGCUAGCUCAGCUGCCUAUGUGCUCUGGGCGUUCAGUGGAGCCCGCUCUGCCCAAAGGAAAAGUUUCUGAAUUUUCACCAAGUGAGAAGAGUGAUGACCAUCCUUUUCCUUACUAUGGUUAUUUCAUACUUCAGUUGCAUGAAAGCUGCCCCAAUGAAAGAAGCAAGUGUCAGAGGACAAGGCAGCUUGGCUUACCCAGGUCUUCGGACCCACGGGACUCUGGAGAGCCUAAGUGGGUCCAAUGCUGGCUCAAGGGGACUGACAUCACUGGCAGACACUUUUGAACAUGUCAUAGAGGAGCUUCUAGAUGAGGAUCAGGACAUCCAGCCCAGUGAAGAAAACAAGGAUGCAGACUUGUAUACAUCUCGGGUUAUGCUAAGCAGUCAAGUGCCUUUGGAACCCCCAUUGCUCUUUCUGCUUGAGGAGUACAAAAAUUACUUGGAUGCUGCAAAUAUGUCUAUGAGGGUCCGGCGCCACUCUGACCCAGCUCGUCGUGGGGAACUAAGUGUGUGCGACAGUACUAGUGAGUGGGUAACAGCAGCAGAAAAAAAGACUGCAGUGGACAUGUCUGGUGCAACAGUUACAGUCUUGGAAAAAGUCCCAGUACCCAAAGGCCAACUGAAGCAAUACUUCUACGAGACCAAAUGCAACCCCAAGGGUUACACAAAAGAGGGGUGCAGGGGCAUAGACAAGAGGCACUGGAAUUCCCAGUGCCGAACUACCCAGUCGUAUGUGCGAGCGCUCACCAUGGAUAAUAAAAAGAGAGUUGGCUGGCGGUUUAUAAGAAUAGACACUUCCUGUGUAUGUACUUUGACCAUUAAAAGGGGAAGAUAGUGGAUUCAUGUUGCAUAGAUUAUAUUGAGACAGAAUUAUCUAUUUGUAUAUAUACAUAACAGGGUAAAUUAUUCAGUAAAAAUAAUUUUAUGGACUGCAUGUAUAACUGAAGUUUAUACAGUACAGUGGUUCCACAGUCUAUUUAUUGAACAUAUCCAUGACCUGAAGGGGAACAAAAGUCAUUUGCGCACAACUUUAAAAAAAAAAGAGAAAAAAAAAAAAAAAAAAAAAGUCUGCAUUACAUUCCUCGAUAACAUUGUGGUUUGUUGCCGUUGCCAAGAAUUGAAAACAGAAAAAUUAAAAAAAAUUAAUAAAAUUGCAUGCUGCUUCAAUUGUGAAUUGAUGAUAAACUGUCCUCUUUCAGAAAAAAAAUUGAACCAAAACAUUCCGUUUACAUUUUAGACAGUAAGUAUCUUUAUUCUUGUUAGUAUUAUAUCUGUUUACUGCUUUAACUUCUGAUAGCGUUGGAAUUAAAACAAUGUCAAGGUGCUGUUGUCAUAGUUUUACUGUUUUUUGUUGUGUUUUUUUUUUUUUUUUUUUACUUUUAAAUUCCCACAUAGUUGGAAAAAAAGCCAGAAAAAUAUCAUUACCAUAUGUUCUGGAUAAAAUAUUUUUUUGUAUGUUGUGAAGGUGUUUGCAAUAUCAAAUCAGACUACUGACAAAAAAAAUUUAAAAAAAGGCAACUGAAAAAGAAUACUGAUGUUCCACUUCAUGCUACUGAACUUCAGGCUUAAAGACAGCACUUAUGUAACUGUCUGCCUCCUUUUUUCUUUUUUUAAAUGGCUUUCUUUUGAAAGACCUGCAUUUGCUUACAUAUUGUUUGUUUGUGUUUGAAGUUUUUUUUUCUCCCUUCCUCUCUUUGGAAGGAAAUUGAUUGCAAUCUCUAAAUAUUUCACUUCUCACCGUACAACUGGAGCUUGUCAUAUUGAAAAUAUCAAGAGUGUUGAGAGCAAUGACUUGAUGUAAUAAAAGACUUUUUGUGCUUGGAUCAAAUGUUUUGUUGAAGCAAAAUGAAAUUUCAUUAUAAAACAGUUUGGAAAGAGUCAAGUGACCCUAAAAGCUGGGAAGCCACAAGACGAGAUAAUAUGGGCCCAGUUCAGUAGUGAGUUACAAAGCCUUGGCUUGAGUGGGGCUGCUUGAGUAUAAAUCAGCACUGAAUUGGGUUCCAUGGGUUCAGUGGAAGAGCAGCAGCUUUGCCCUGUAUAUUAAUAUAUGUAGUACAACCUAUUGCUCCACUGGUGACCAUGAAAAUGUCUAAUAUGCUUUGGCCCAUGAGUUACUGGGAGAUAUAGUAGUAGAGAAGUUUAGAAUCCAGGCCAGAAGGACUCCUGAGGAUUGGCUUUGGAAUGAGGCAGAAAAGGCCUUGCACUAGUUUGAAAUAUCUAACACGCCUAAGAUAUUCUCAAGAGGUUCCAGUUCUAAUAGGCAGUAUAUGUCAACUUUAAUCUAGUAAACAAAUAUGAAAGUGGGAAAAUAUAAUGGUUUGAAAAAAAUAGGAAAAGCAGGAGUGAAAAUUACUUCUGGGAUAACUAAUACAAAAUGCACUUAGAUACAAAUAGCCAAUUGCAGCAGUCUCCUACUAAUAAUUAGUAUGACAUCAGUAUUUUUGAGUUAGAAGCUCAAAAGUUGAGCUCCCAGAACAAGACAGGAUAAGAAAUGUAUUUAUGGGCAAAGUAUAAUAAAGUUGCAUUUCUUUGCUGUAUUCACUGAUUUCUGGAAGGUGGGAAAUUCAAUUUAGCAACCUGAUUAACUAGCAUAAAUGGGUUCACUGAAGAAAGGUGUUUUAUCUGUAGCUGUAACUCAUGUAGGUGAAAUUGAGAGAGAGAAAUGACCAAAGCCAAGACACACACAUUUUGCAACAUUCUAUCCAGAAUUUCAUAUUGGCAAAACUUGUGUACUCUUUUGCAUUUCUGAUCAAAGUCAUUUGAGAUUGGGAUUGUGUCAGGAACUUUGAAAGGUAUUCAUGGAUUAUAUGUUCCAUACUUAGCCUAACUCAUUAAUUGGUACACAAGUAGAUUCAAUCCCAUAAACCUAUACCAUCACUCCUAUCAGCCAAAGAUAUUUAAUAAGUGCUCCUUAAAAGUAAAUGAACUUUGGAUCUGUUCCUUCAUUAGCAGAAGUGACUACCAGAGUUGACCCCCUCUGCACACUGAUAACUUCAUUCUCCAUCUACCUUUUCCAUCCUAGCAACUGCUAUGGGCUUUCACUAUCAUAAGAAAACACACACACACGCAACUUCAUCUGAACUUCCUGGACCUCAGAUUUUAGGCCUUAUUGGGAGAGUUCAGGUACUCCUACUCCUAAAUGGAAACUAGAAAUGGAAAAGGUCCCACCCAAAUAGAAAAGAUCAACUUUUUGAAUUUACAUACUGAAGGAUGAUGGGGGUGGGAGGGAGGAUUUUAUUUAAUCAAAACCAGCUGACCCACCACCAGCCUUUAUAUUGACCUUUACUAGAGUCAGGAUUUCAUCCACAGUGAGCAACUGAUUCAAUUUCAGUUGCAUUUUAGGUGGCUUACUGCCUCAUCACUUUUUUCCAAACCAUAAAAAUUAGAAAGACAAAUGCCUAGAAAAUGGGAAGGGGUUAAAUUAACCAGUGUAUAGGAAGUAGAUUAUUUAUCUACCUUGGCACCAGAAAGACAAAUGAUAGGAAUCUAAUUUGAAAAAAGCAUAAAGCAUAAUUCAUGCUUGAAAGAAUAUAAGAUUAGUGAUCAGCCAGAGUUACCUGCAGGCAGGUUUUCACUCGAGCAAAACUCCCAGGCUGGUUUAAGCCAGAAGUGUCAUUAAAUGUUUGUAGAGCCUUAACAACUAGAUUGAUCUAUGUCUAGAUCCUGCCACUUUCAUACUUACUAGGUGAAAUUAAUGGAGCUACUCAUGGAGUUGCUGAGCACUCGAACUAGUUUCAAAGUGUGGCCUAAAAUGUUUUAAAAACUAGUUAAACAUAUUUUUUUUAAUUAGGGUUUCUAUUUCAGGUGGGGACAAAAGGAAACUAUUCUAAACUCUACAGGUAUAUAGUGUGACACAAUAUUCCCUAAAAUAUUGGUAUUUAUAAUUUCUGCAAAAUGAAAUAGGCAAUUAGACUACAGUCCCAUGGCUGUUGCAUGCCAGACCUAGCACAUACAUGAUCACAGGCUUGGCAGUUUUAGUCGAAAUGAGGUUUUAAAAAAAAAAGUCACUUAAUUGAAGUCUUGCUGCUGUGA